UGAGUGACUAUCUUAUUAUAACUAAAUCAUAAUUAUGGGAUUACCAUCUCAUUAUUAUGAAAUAGCUAAGUCACAAUAAUGAGAUAGAGAUUAUUUAAUUUUAAUCAGAGUGGCAGAAACGGGCUUCCAUACCACCAGCACAUACAGGGUCGCAAAUUGAGACCGACUUUUGUAAUAUUUUGCAUUUUCUGCAACAUGACCCUGCAUCAUUUGCCUUGAACUCGUUAGUGGACCUUCUGUCUUUGGACUACGGAGUGGUUUUCUGGACAGAGGUGAGGUGGACCGCUGAACUCCAAAUAGUUUGAAGUAUCCCUGGUCCGUUCAGUUGACUGCAGCGGUCUUUCCCGGGAACGGGAGGUAAGAGAGUGGCUUCCGUGGUGGGACAAUCUCGGAGCUGGCCUUUAGCUACGUUAGCUAGCUAGGAAGCUAAGUCGUUAGGAUUGGAUGUUUUCACGCUGCGACGCGUUUGCUGGCAGUCAAGCUGAACCGCGGAAAUGCUCAUUAAUAUCAGGUCGUUUGGAAUACCGCUGUUGUCACACUUUAACCGCGAAGUCUGAGUUUUAAUCAGGUAGUUAGCCGAGAGAGAGCAGGGUCAAGUUAGCCAAACAUGUUAGUACUGUUUCCGUUUUCCUUCAAAAUAAAAGCACGGCGCAUGGCUAAUUAAAACGAACUCUUAAAACAUUCAUUAUUUGGAAGUAUCGUUCAAUGUAAUUGUAACUUUCAUCUCGAAAAUAUUAUUUUUAAUCCACAUCCUCACAGGAAAUUAUCUUCACUAUGGAUAUUUAUGUAUGACUUUUAGUUUUCGAUCACGGGAUGCCACGACGCAUGUUUAUUUUGCAAAGUGCACGCGUUAUUUCCGUUUUAUUAAAUCUCGGACUGUUUCUCAAGACCGCAACUAUCGAUGGGAGUUUAGUUUUAUUUAUUUAUUAUCUGCUUAAGGGAACCGACCAGAGGUCACCUCGGUAACACAGCCUUCUAUGCGAGUCAUCUGCCGCUGAUGGGUUGUCAGGCAGCAUGCUAAAAGGGACCGCUUAACCGUCCGCAGCACACUGCGGCGAGCCUCCCGUCCGACUCCGUAGGGUCCAGCCGAGCUGAGCCAUGCGACAGUGGUGCGUCCCCACUGCGACCCCGCGGGCUGAGCCACUCCCGGGACGCCCGUCCAUGUCGCCCCCUCCGUCAGAGAUAAAUAUAGCCACAUCUGCCUGAUGACACUUGGUGAGGUCUUAUUUGAUCCUACAAUGAAGUGCUGCGAAGUGGAGCCCCGCUACACCAUCGAGCAGAUCGACCUUCUGCAGCGGCUGCGUCUCUCUGGCAUGACCAAACCGCAGAUCAUCCAUGCUUUGGAGUCCCUGGAGAGGCUGGACCCGGAUCAUCGCCCGCCCCCCUGUGACUCUCACGCUGCCACUUCCAACACCGCCACUGCCACGACCGCGCCAGCCCCAUCGUCGUCCUCGUCGUCAGCAUCCUCACUCUCGUUGGCCUCGGCCACCACGCAGACCUCUGGCCUGGACUGCGCCACGCUGUCUCCCAGUAACAGCUACGAGGCUUCGCCCCCGCCGCUUUACCCUCCCAGCGCUGUGGUUCAGCGGUCGUUCAGCUACGACAUGAUGGGGGAGGACGACUGGGACCUGGAAGAAAAAGUGGAGGAGUACAUGAGAAGAGACAGCAACCUGGUGAAGGAGGAGAUCAAAACUUUUCUGAACAAUCGCAGGAUCUCUCAGGCAAUCGUAGGCCAAGUCACAGGCAUCAGCCAGAGCUACAUCUCCCAGUGGUUGCUGCAGCAGGGCCUGGAAAUGAGCGACUCCAAACGCAGAGCCUUCUACCGCUGGUACCUGCUGGAGAGGAACAACCCAGGGCUGAGAUUGAGUGAAAGCCAGCACAGCGUGAGUCCCGUGUCCAGAGCCAGGGGAGGGGACAGAGACUGGAUGGUAGCAGGGGCAAGUGGCUGCUUCCCUAGCAUCUUCCCCAGCACCAACCACAACCCAUCGUUGAGCAGGCAGAGAGAGCUUCUGAUGCGCUUGCUGCCGUGGUACACAGCUGCCGCUGCCGCCGCAGCUGCCCAGGCCCAGCCAGGUGCGACUUUAUCCAUGCGCUCUUUAGUGAAGGAGGAGCCUGACUGGAGGGCGGGGCUCAUGGCGUGUGACAGAGCAGGGAUAGUGGGCGGGCCUCUGAGGCUACGCAGAGGAAGCAGGUUCACCUGGAGGAAGGAAUGCCAGUCCAUCAUGGAGAGUUUCUUCAUGGAGAAUCAGUACCCAGAUGAGGCAAAGAGGGAGGAGAUUGCCAAUGCCUGUAACUCUGUCAUCCAGAAGCCAGGCUGCAAACUGUCAGAGUUUGAACGUGUAACAGCGCUGAAGGUGUACAACUGGUUUGCCAACCGCCGGAAGGAAAUGAAAAGGAGAGCAAAUAUAGCAGAAGCUGCUAUUCUGGAAAGCCACGGAAUCGAAGUGCCAAGUCCGAGUGGUCACUCCAACGGCGAGGAGGGAGAGAUGCAGGAGUUUGGAGAUCAUGUGAAUCAUCGAUUCUCGGAGCAGGAGGAUGUGUCUUCCCAGAGGGCUGUGGAUCAGCAUGGUUCCUCCCUAUUGUCCCCUGUGGAUGGGGCAGCCCCACCAAGCCCCAGCUCUCAGCGAGUACAGCAAAAGGAUAAUGACUCCAAAAGGGAGCCUGUGGACAAAGAGUGACUUAAGCCAGCAAACCUUACAGUACACAUAUUUGACUUUUAAUCAAAUGAACUAGGGACACCAAUAGACGCCCUCUCUACCCAUGUAGGACCUUUUGGACCUGUGACGCCUCUAACUCCAAAGCAAGAGAGUAUUGACGCUCACUGAGGUGUCUCGGAUGGUAAGGAGGGCACUGUAUUUAUCAACAGUAAUCCUGCUUAUUAAUGGCAAUAUACAGUGUAUGUAUAGGUAUAUAGGGUAUAAGGUAUACACACCAAUAUAUAAAUAUAUAGUGCAUUCCAAGAUGGUAUUAAAAGGCCUAAAUUCCUUAGAGGGAGGAUUAUGUAAAAGGAUACCUCAUCAUUUUAAGCUGAGCUUUUCCUGUUUUCUUUGCUGCGUGCUUUUUUGUCCUUUCAGCGUUUUAAGAGUGUUUAUUUUGGCAUGAAUGUGUUAAUCCUGCAGGUCAGGUGUGACUGGGUGUGGUGUGACAUAUGAUUCAUUGUUUGGCGAGGCAAAAGUUUGCUUGAAUGUUUGUGAGGUGAUUGAUCGAUCGAUCAAUCCACACAUGCUGUUGCCAUCACAUCUGUAAUUCCCUGAGGGACAUCUGGAAUCUCAGGUAACCCCCCUCCCAAAAAAAAAAAGGAGAAAGUCAUGACUGGCACCUGGUUAUUCUUGUGAUGUUAUGUGUACUUUAUGAUAAAUGAUGAUCCGCACUUGUAUAGCGCCUCUCAGAGUCAGGACUCCAAAGCACUUUACACUACAGUGUAUCAUUCAUCCAUUCACACACACAUUCACACCCUGGUGGGGAUGAGCUACGAUGUAGCCACAGCUGCCCUGGGACGCACUGACAGAGGCGAGGCUGCCGAGCACAGGCGCCACCGGUCCCUCCGACCCCCACCAGCAGGCAACGUGGGUUAAGUGUCUUGCCCCAGGGCACAGCAGCAGAAUUCUCUGGUCAGAGCCGGAAUCGAACCUACAACCUUCUGAUUACUGGACAACCCGCUCAGCCUGUUGAGCUACUGCUGGUCUUUAUUUGAUUCGUGUUUAACAAACACCAAACGUAAGACUUUUAUUUUGUAGGCAAACAUGCCCUAAAAGAAGCCAUCAGUUACCUUUAAGUUGCUCAUUUUUACGUCCCUUACCCGAUGAAACUCGACUUUUUAGAAAAAUAUUCUUUUUCACAUUUUUAUUAAUUUUUUUGGGUAUUUAAAAAAUAUUUUCAAAGAAAAAAAACUGCAGAAUUUCUUCGAACAUCAUCUCACUUACAGCCCGUUGAGCUGAAGCUCACUUCACGUGAAUGUGCUCAAGUGAUGCUCUCUCUAAGUGUAAUCCCUACAGCCCUGAAAACACACACUUCACUGGGUGUUUUUAUUCAAACCUCAUUAGCGGCAUAUAAACGUUUGUCAAACUUUAAACAUGAAUAGCCAGAUUAACCUUUGCAUUACACAGAUCUUGAUAUUUAUUGGCCCACGGCCUCAGGAAUGACCUCCUAAAUGUUCAUAUGAUGAACACAAGUUUUUUUCUCUGUUGUGGCCCAGGUAGGGUGCCUCUGUGUUGCGUCCUAAUGCCAAAGCUAUGCCAAGAAGAGCUGCAGGACAACCUGUGCUAGGGACAGAGUAGAACAGUGACAGUGCUGUGGAUUUACAAUGCAUUAUGUAAAUGUACAACACUAGCCAUCUCUAGCUUACCUCAGAAUAACUGUUAUGAAUAAUGUAGAGGCUGUCUGGCGACACUGACAGCAGCUGGUGUGAUUAUGCUGAUACGGGCAGUGUUACGUAGCAAUCAUAGCAACAGGCGUCGCCCUGAGCUGUCCGUGUAACUCACCUCAGACAGCACUUUAGUCUGGCUUUGGACAGGAUCCCCCAAAGCUGCUGCAGUUUCUUAUUAUCAUGCUCCUCCCUAUCUGCUUUUAUCUGACCAGGGAAACAAUAACAAUAAUAAAUGUGUACACAAUCA